UGUGUGAGUUAAACUUAAAUGAACAUGAGGUACUUGGUUCAAAUCCUAUGGAGGAUGUUUAUUUUUGGAUAUAAUGUGUACUACUAAAUUCCGGUUUCUGGUCUAACCGGUCGGAAUUUCCGGAUUUGACCGGGUCUGACCGGUAUUGACCGGAUUUGACCACAAUUAAAUACCAGUCCCUUUCCAGCCGGUUUGCUGACCGGUACCGGUUGAACCGGUCGGCAUGAAACCGGUUUGACAACCAUGCUUGUUAUACUGAUUCGGGGAAGAUAAUGGUGAUCAGGAUCGCUGAUCGUAUAACCAGGAUUUGGUAACGUAUUAGGUGAUGAAGUGUUUGAACGGAUGAAACUCUUCUUUCUAUAUGGUUCCUUUUUUUCCUUUCUUGUGAAAAUUUUGUCGACAUGCUGUAUACUCGGAUUGUAGAAUGUGGGAAACCCAUAAUUUAGUUGUUGUUUUUUUCGUUGAAUCAAAUUAUUGAAUUUUACAAAUUAAGUUUUUUUUUUUCUGCUCUGGCCAUGAAUUAGUUACCGGGAAGUAGGGAUGGCAAAUUACCCACCCAUGGGUAAUUAUACCCAAACCAAAGUAGACCCAUUGAUAAUGGGUUGGGUAUGGGUGAAGUGCAUAUGGAUUUGGGGGUUUAUAGAUGAGUUUGGGUUUGGGGCUUCAAUAAUCUAAAUGGGUAUGGGUUGGAUAUGGAUAUCCAUUUACUUGAGGAUGUUUUAACUACACAUGCAAAAUUGGACCUAUUUGCAAAACUUGAAAAGUUUAGGUACCAAAAUGUAAGACCAAAAAAAUUCAGGUAUCAAAACGUAAUUUUCCAUCGAUAUUUUGAGGACUUAUAUGCAAAAAAAAUUUAAAUUUAGGUACUAAUUAUGCAUAUCUAUUAAGUUUGGGUACCAAACUGUAAUUUGUAUUUGGGCAUGGGUACAAACGCAAAUCCAUUUGAUAUAAACCCAACUCAACCCAAAGUAAAUGGGUAUGGGUACAAACCCAUCAAACUCUACCCAUAUCCAUUUAUUUGGAUUUCAUACCCAACCCAAUUGGGUUGGAUAGUAAGAAACCCAUGGGUAUGGGCAAAGUUGCCAUCCUUACAGGGAAGGGAUACGGUGACAACUCGUAAGGGUUGUCAUAUUCACGACCAAGGGUAUUUUGGGUAUGAAAAAAAAAUAUUAAUUACCUUUUGUGUAUUAAUUAUAUUGGAAAUUAAAAAUUCAUAUUAAAUAUAUUUUUUUUAAAUUUAAAUCUUAUGUAUUAAUAUCUCUAUCUAUCUAUCUCUCUUUCUUUCUCCAGCGGCCACUCCGCAUCGACGGACAGACUUUUUCUCCGGCGAAUUCUCUCCGGCAGACUCCCUCUGGCAACCUGAAAAGAUGUACUAGUGCGUUAAAAAGUGUACCAAUCCAUUAGUCUACUGGUAAUUAAUAUACCAGUGCUAGUGGUACGCUACCAGUGCAUUAAAAAAUGUACCAGUACUAGUGGUACGCUACCAGUACAGCGCUACCACUACCAUAUUGUAUCGUACCACUAGCACUGGUAGCGCUACCGCUAGCAUUGGUAGCGGUACCAGUGGAUAAUAACACAAAAAAACAUAUGAUAGUGGUACGCUACCACUACCAGCGUAGGUACCACUGUAACUGGUACGCUACCAGAAGAAAAAUGGUACCACUAAAACCAAAUCUAGAAAAGGGGAGUCGGUGACGGGAGAGAGAGGUAGGGGAAGAGGGUGACCUCGCGACGGUGGCAGUGGUGGGGGACGAAGGGCGGCGAGAGGGCUCCAACAGGGAGAGGAUGAUUGUGCCGCGGUGGUGGGAGGCGGACGUUGCAGCGGGCUGGCGGGAGAGAUUUGCAACAACAGGGUGUGAAGGGAGGCUGAGGAUGGCGGAGACGACGAUGGUGGAAGUCUCGACGGUGGUAAAUUUUUACCCUUCCAAAAAUAUCCUUCCUUUAAUCUUAACCGUUAAUUUAAAAAAAAAACAGGAAAGAGAGCGUAUCCAAGGACUAUGAAGUGAGUUGUGAAUCUGACAAAUUGGACCGAAUUAUUUUGGGCCGCAUGGCUUUUGGACUCCAGCAUUGGCCCAAAGAUAGUUGUGCCUAAACCAAUGUUAUUAUGGGCGGUAAAAGCCGCAAGGAACGGGUUAACUGAAUUACUGAGUGCCCGUCACAGCCGGUGGGACCCGCAGUGAACCGAAUGAGCCGUGCGUCAUCUGAAACCUAACCCUACACUCAAUCUUCGAGGAAUUUUACAAUGCUAUAUAGUAUUGGUGCUAUAGGUUUUUGUUUUUAUGGUACAACUUGAAAUUGUACCUUUAACGUUAUGAUACAACUUCAGAUUGUACCUAUACUUUUUGUACAAAUUCUGUUAUGGUACAACUUGAACUUGUACCUUCUGUGAUGGUACGACUUCAAGUUGUAAAGUUGUACCAUAACUGAUAGACCCAGUUCUUAACCGAUAAAAUUUUAAAAUAUUAAACACCUGUCCUUUCAUUAAUACACUCGAUAAAUUGUUCAUCAUUGCGGUACCCGAAAUACCCGAAAAUUUGUAUUAUACCAUCAGAAUCCUUCAUUGUUUUUUUCCUUUAACUACUGUAUUUGUUUUUUCCUUUACUCACUUUUUUAAUUUCUUCCUAAACUUCUUAUUUGUCUCAUUCUUCCUUCACUUUCUCCCUCUUUCCUUCCCUUUCUCCCACAAGUGGCAGAUGCCACCUCAUCUCCCUCCCUUACUAUUUCUUUCCACACUCCCACGUAAACUUCCUUCUUCUCCCUACCAUUUCCUACACUUUCCUUUAUCAUGCAUGUUCAUGCAUACAUAUACGUACAAUUCCCAUCCCUACUCUUUCCUUCAAUUUCCACUACAUAUUUAUACUUCUUCUACUUUCACAUACACCCUUACACUUUCUCAAAUACUAUACUAGAUAAGGAAUAUUAGUGUAUGACGGAGAAUGUUAAGGUAUUACGGAGAAUAUUAACGAGUAGGGGUGGUAAUCGGUCGGUUACCGGUUUAACCGGUUACCGACUAGCCGGUUAUCGGUAUACCGUUUCCCCCUAAAGUGCUGCCCGAUACCGAUACCGGAAAGGAACCGGUUAAACCGGUAACCGAAUAACCGGUUAUCGGUUAGAACCCGGUUACACCGCUGUACCGGAUAUAGUCCCCUUCUCCCACUAGUGAAGAAACCCAUCUCCUUCUAGAACCGGCAUCCAAGGAAACAGAGCAUCCUUUCUUCCUCUUUGCAAACCAACGAUACAGAGUAAUAAUAAUUGCUCCUUCCUCCUAGAUCCCAUCUCCUCGUCCUUCUCUCUCUCUCUCUCUCUCUCUCUCUCUCUCUCUCCUUCUGCGAACCAGACAAACUUGCCCAAAACUCCUUUCGUUUCCUCUUUGUCGAGACAAACAUAGAGUUCGGCGGCAAGAUAUAUAGACGAUGAUUGUAACCCGAUGGUCACCAGCGACGAGAAUGAUGAAGGUGAGCUUUUCCUUUUAGGUUGCAUGUUAUAUUUGAUGGUUUGAUUUACUGAUUUAGUUGUUUUAGGGUGUUGAUCUGGUUUCUAUGUUUUGGAUUUCUAUCUCACAUGAGGGAGGAGGGGAAACGCCGGUUUUAUUUGAGCCUCGCCGGCGGCAAGAUGGGAUGUCGCCAACCUCGGUGAGUGGAUUCUAACCAUGGAAAUGGUUGCAUGUGGUUUAUUUGGGGAUUUUUGGUUUGAAUACGUUUCUGAUUUUCUCGUUUUGGUUGUUGGGUUAUCUUUGGGGUUCGAUGGAGGGGAGAAAGAUAGAGAAGCAGUCUCCAACGACUUGGCCUCGCCGACGGUGGAUAUGCCAAAGCCACCGAUGAGGAACUCAGGAAAGGAUUGGCCCAUCUCUCUCGCCCUCGUCCCUCUGUCCUUGCAAAACAGAAGCAGCAAUAGGCGAGGGAUCGGUGACUGGUGCGUGGUGGAAGGAUUACUUGACAGAUGCGUGGUGGAAGGAUCGAGAAGGAGAGAAUCGAAGAUUGAGAGAUGAAAAAAGCUUAGUGAGGCAGGGGAAGAGGAGAACAAAUUGUGUGGGUUUCGGUAACUCGGUAUACCGGAAUACCGACGGUAUUUAACCGGGAAUAUAACGGUAAACCGUUUGCCUAAAACUAGCUACCGCAUACCGGUACCGCCGGUUACCGGUUAUACCGAUAACCGCCGGUUACCGGUUCGGUAAACGGUUAAUCCGAUAACCGUUGUACCGUUUACCAGCCCUAUUAACGAGUAUAGGAGAAUAAUGGAGAAUGUUGGUGAAUGUAACGUAAGUCGAGGAAUUUAACUACGACUUUUUUCUAUAAAUAGGGAGCACCCCUCCCCCUUUCAAAACUACAACAACAACACACACACCACAUAAGUCACUUACGACUAAUUCACACGACACAACUCACACACCAUAUACACUCUCUCUACUUUCUCUCUCUAAAAACGUUUUUCUCUCUCCUCCCGAUCUCCCAAAAGCGUGUUAAAUCUCUUAACACUCAACACACCCUCAAUUUGGCGGACUAAGCCAUGGGAUCGUGGAUAGUCUCCACCGGGCGGCAUUAAAUAGCCGACGACGCUCAAUUACCACCGUGGGACCGAACCAGGUCUAACGUCACCGUAUUUAUUUUAUUCCAUUCAGGUUACUAAUUUGAGCGUCGGAGGAGGUUCCAACCAGGACCCCCCGGUGGGACCUUUUUUUCAGGUAUUCGCACGGAGCUGGAGGUGGUUAAAGGCUUUGGGAAAUCAGCGCUCUCCGGACCUUAAACAUAUUGAAGCAGGCUGCUCUAAGUUUGGCAUCAACAAUAACAUAAUUAUACAAAU